AUGGCAGCGGCGUGCCGUGCCGGGGAUGAUGCAAAAGGAGCUGCGACGCUUGAGCGGAAGGAGCAGCAGAAGGUGGCACUGUUUCGUCCAACACUCAUGGAGAACUCGUACAAUGCACUUCGUGCUGCCCCUUUGGUGCCUGGAGCGCAGCCUCCGCAAGCAGAAGGUGAUCAGAAAAGCUGCGUGCCACGGCAACCGCGCUGGCCAAGAAAUUCCUUCAAGGUCACAUCAGCGCCUGCCGCAGCCCUCCGACUGCUGGAGAACCCUCUGCCAGGCGCACCUGUUGGCAUUUGCAGAGCACCGCUGAUCUAUCGCGUUCAGCCGAACGAAGGAGUGGCGUUGGGUUCAGAAAGCUGCUACAUUGCCACAAGCGGCACAGAGGUGGACAGUGUCUCAAGUCCGGGCGACUUCUGGCAGGGAGCACCUUGGCACCCUCAAGGUCCGCCACAGGUGCAGAUGCCAUGCUUGCGCCUGUCCGAGGUCUUGCCUGGUCGCUCGGCAGGCCGUGACAGCGCUGCCACACGUCUGCCAUCACAUGCUGAGAAGCCGAAGAUCCCAGGUCUUCGACAGCGUUCAGGCAGUGAAAACUCGACGGAAUCUGGAGCCUCCGGUUCCGCCGAGGGCAGUGCAAAGUCCGCAGUGCUUGGAUCACCCGAGCUUCCAAGCAGGGGAUCAGCUCUUCACGCAUGGAGGGCAUGUAAGCCAUGCGCCUUCGUUUUCCAGGAGGGCUGUCAGAACAAGGAGCAGUGCGACUUCUGCCACCUGUGCGAGCCCGGCGAGCGCAAGAGGCGCAAGAAGGAGCGGCGCCUGGCAAAGCGCGAGGCACGAGAAGGUGAGACAAUGCCGUAA